AUGGAGUCUUUCCCCCUACGUCGACUCGAAGUCUCGCUCCUUCGCGACGACGACGAUAGCGGAGGAAGCCAUACACGACGAGCCUUCUAUUCUGGACGUCCCGAAUCCACCCCGCAAAUACCGCUGUCGGAAUAUAAGCUCCCCAAGCUCCCCGCAACCUUCUCCCGUCUCAUAGAAGGUCCCCCCAUACAAUUCGGUACGGGAAAACUAGCCCGUCUCACGCAUUCCUCCGUCGUGGGACAGGGCGGAUCGACCGUCGUUCUCGCAACGGUCGCACACCAGCCACCGGAUACACCCAAUGGGGAUCAAAACAACGCCGCCUCCACUUUUCUCACCGUCGAUUACCGCCAGCGAUACCACGGUGUGGGGAAAAUCCCGUCCAACGGAGGACGGCGGGAUAACGCCGUUCUGUCGACCCCUGAAGUUCUCGCGUCCCGUGCCAUCGAUCGGGCCCUCCGACCUCUAAUCCGCACGGAGGACGCUAUCGAUGGACGUCUGCACGUUACGUGUUCCGUACAAUCCUACGAAGUAUUCGCAUCCGAGGUUGAUCUAAGGCAGGAUGGACUACUCGACGAGAAAGACAACGACGCGACUAACGCUUCACACUCGACCCAUCCCGUCGCGAUGGCGUUGAAUACGGCGGCAGCGGCACUACUACAGCAAGGGCACUUGACCCAACCCGUCGCCGCUACGGUCCUGGCCGUAGCCGCGCACGGCGACGGUGUGGUCUGGCAAGACCCCGUGCCGGAACAAUUGGCCGACUCGUACGGGGAACUCCUGUACGCGGGUACCGCGGACGGACACGUCGUCAUGUUGGAAUGGACUUCGCACCGACUGGCGACCGGGUUAUCGGAAUCGCACAUGACACAACUUUUGGAACUCGCACAAACCUCCAUCCGACCCGUUCUCGAUCUUUUGACGGCAAGGUUUGGGGACGUUCCUCACAACAAUAACUCCUCCAGUAUCGGCUUAUCCGCUACGGACCGGUGGCUCGAAGAAAAUCAACUGCGACAGAGUUUGGGAUUGGAUCCCAUUCCGCAAGACGAAGAAGCAAUAAAUUUGCCUAGCGUGGUCGCGUCCAAUACCACUCAGGCGCGGUUGCCCGACAUUAUUCAACACGUGCAAACUUGUAUAGGUCACGUGUUGCCUCGCCUUUUUGGAUGGGACGCAACCUUGCCGGCUGACACCGAAACCGACCGAAACAACGAGAAAAACAGAACGGUGGUGGACCAGUCGAUGGGAGCGGCUAUUCAUCGAGGGGACUUGCCUUCCAAAACCGUCCGCGGUCGUCGAGAACAAAUUGUACAAACCGAAAUAGCUCGUCUCGUGGAAUCUUAUGUAACCGCCGCCGGCGAUGCAUUCGAACCCAGAGAAUUGCAGUGGCUUUCGGAACAAACCACGAAACACUUACUCCAGAAAGGCUUCGUCCAGUCUGCUCUCCAAGGUGGCGCUCGUGCGGAUGGACGUGGGUUGCCGGGACACGGCUGGAAGACGAUCCGUCCCCUCAAGGUACAAAUGCCAGCACUGCCCGACACCGUGCAUGGUUCGGCCCUCUUUGCUCGAGGCGAUACUCAAGUUCUCUGCACCGCCACCUUGGGCCCGCCCGGCGAUGGGCAACCCAUGAAAGACCCUUACCUGGCUACGGACAAUCCCAGACGCGUCAAAUCGGGAGCCGAAACGACGGCGGCGGGCUACUACAGUGAGCUCCCGGUGGGAUCUUUGCGCUUUCUGCGCACCCAGGAAAGUUUGGUUUCGGACAUGAACUCCCGCAAAGUUAAGGCCGACAAGGAACGUACCGGAGACUCGGGUAGUCUCGCGGAAGUCAAACGAGCCUUUUUACAGUAUGAUUUCCCGCCCUACGCCACCGGGACAGUUCCCAUCGGAAGUCAGGCACACAAUCGGAGAGCCAUCGGACACGGCGCGUUGGCCGAAAAGGCCUUGUUGCCUGUUUUGCCCGACGCGCACGACUUUCCUUACGCCAUUCGGAUUUCAAGUGAAGUGACUGACUCGAACGGCUCGAGCAGUAUGGCCUCUGUGUGCGGUGGGACCUUGGCUUUGUUGGAUGCCGGGGUGCCGAUUCAAAUGCCCGUCGCCGGUGUGAGCGUGGGACUGGCGCGAGACGUGGAUGCGGGCGAGGCCGGUGUGCACCGACUGCUGUUGGACAUAACCGGAACGGAGGACUACUAUGGAGGGAUGGAUUUCAAAAUUGCUGGUACACGGAAAGGUAUUACGGCGUUUCAACUCGACGUUAAGCAACUUUUGCCGCUAGAAAUUGUCACCGAAGCUUUGCAACUAGCUUGUCGCGGAAGAAACGUUAUUCUGAACGAGAUGCAGGAUCAGUGCUCUGACGGUUUGAAGGCUCGGCCGUCGCCCAAGGAUAGCGCACCACGAGUGGAAGUCGUCCGCUUUAAUCCACAGCGCAAACGAGAUUUGGUAGGACCAGGAGGUAUCAUUUUGCGGCAACUGGAAGAUCGCUACGGUGUGGCUUUGGACUUGACGCAAGAAGGUCGUUGUCUUUUGUUUGGGGCCGACCAAGAAUUGGUCGAUCAAGCCAAACUUACCGUCAUGGACCUGGUUGCCGACGUGGUACCCGGAGAAGUCUACGAAGGAACCAUUAUUGAAAUUAAGGAUUUUGGUGCAAUUGUGGAACUUUUACGCAAUAAAGAAGGGCUCCUGCACGUGAGUGAAUUGACCAACGAACAAGAAGCUGGCGAUCACCCUGGUGGCAUUGCCGGAUUUGUUCGGCAGUAUCUCAAGGAGGGUCAGAAGGUGGAAGUGCUGUGUACAGACGUCGAUCCCGUACAAGGAAGCAUCAGACUUAGUCGCAAAGCAAUUUUGGUUAAAGAACAGAAGAAAGCAAUGCGUCGUUGA